GUAAGAAACACGUGAUACCUACCGGGUAUUCAACCUUUUCGAAAAUGAAGAAAGGGCUGUAUAUAUCCCGCCACCACCGAAAUGUCCGUUAUCCGACUCCGAAACACACAUUGCCACUUAAUCAAUAUGAUGCUAUUCCUUGUAUUCACUCUACUGCUACUCUCCGAUGCCGCUGCAUCAAAAUCAAUAAUCAAGUCCCUACCUGGCUUUGACGGUAACCUUCCAUUUGUACUGGAAACAGGGUAUAUUGGCGUGGGAGAAUUGGAAGCCGUGCAGCUAUUCUACUACUUCAUCGAGUCUGAGAGGAGCCCUAAAGAUGACCCUCUUGUGCUUUGGCUCACCGGUGGCCCUGGAUGCUCUGCCCUGUCUGGACUUAUAUAUGAAAUUGGCCCGUUAUCAUUUGAUUAUGCAAAAUCCAGCGGAGGAGGCAAACCUGUUUUCGCAUUGAACCCGUAUUCAUGGACAAAGAUUGCCAACAUAAUAUUUGUAGAUGCACCUGUUGGUACCGGAUUUUCCUAUUCAACUACAUGGGAAGGCUACCAUGUUAGUGAUACAAUAUCAGCUGCAGAAACCUAUGAGUUCUUAAGAAAGUGGCUUGUGGAUCACCCCAAGUUUCUUACAAAUCCACUCUAUGUUGCUGGGGACUCCUUUUCAGGCAUCGUUGCACCUAUCAUAGUCCAGGAGAUUUCUGAUGGAAAUGAAGUGGGACGUCAGCCAACAAUGAACCUCAAAGGAUAUGUGCUUGGAAACCCAGUUACAGAUUAUGAGAUUGACACCAAUUCAAUAGUUCCUUUUGCUCACCUAAAAGCGCUUAUAUCAGAUAAACUCUACGAGUCCUUCAUGAAAAAUUGCAAGGGUGAGUACUUAAAUCCAGAUCAAAGCAACGCAUCGUGUAUGGAAGACAUAUUAGCCAUCAAGGAGUGCAUUGGAAAAGUAUAUACUGGACAAAUUCUGGAACCUACAUGCAAGGACGUAUCCCCAAAACCAGUGGCAUUGAAAUGGGAUCCAAGGUUUCUCAUAGCCGAUGACGCUGAUAUUCUGCUACCAAGCCCCCGUGUUCCUGGACCUUGGUGCCGGAAUUACAAUCAUGUAUACAUCUAUGGGUGGGCAAAUGAUGAAACUGUUCGAGAUGCUCUUCAUAUUCGCAAGGGAACCAUAAAGGAUUGGAGAAGAUGCAAUAAGACCCUGGCCUAUUCGUACAAUGUCGAAAGUACUGUUGAUUACCAUCGGAACUUGACCAAGAAACCAUAUCGAGCUCUCAUUUACAGUGGCGAUCAUGACAUGACUAUCCCAUACAUUGGCACGCAUGAAUGGAUAGAAUCUCUGAAUUUGACGAUUAAGUAUGACUGGGAACCAUGGUUUGUUGAUGGUCAAGUUGCAGGAUACGCAAUGCUGUAUGCAGACAAUGCGCAAGACUACAUAACAUACGACCUGACAUUUGCAACUGUGAAGGGAGGGGGUCACACAACGCCGGAAUACAGGCCAGAGCAGUGCUUUGCCAUGAUGGAUAGCAACGAGAUCUUUAAUAUGAUCUAGCUUCUACUGCACAUCAGAAAACUCAAGGAUUAACGAGCCUUUUAGCUCCUACCAUUAUUAUUAUUAUUAUUAUUAUUAUUUGAUUCACGUGGGAUGUCCGGGUUAGCUUGCGCGCACCACGACUAUUCUCCACGGUCCUCUGGACAUCCUGCAAGCCUAGGGACAGGUUAGGCACCGCGGGGGUGACAGGCGUGCACAUAGAAAGUCGAACCCGAGACGGGGACGGAACAAGUCACAUGGUUGACCACAGCAGCUAGGCCCUCAAGUGCAAUUUUUUUUAUAGAAUUGAUAGUAACUGUUCAUCUUUGUACACUUUGUUUAUGCCUCUUAAUUAAUAUAUGUUCAGAUA